UCCAGUUGUCUCAGAGCAGUGGCUUCAGUUUGUGGGAGUACCUGCUCACCACCCGGCCGGGGAUCGGGUGGGUGAAGGGGACGGCCUCGGUGACCGGUGUGGUUCUACAGGUGGUGAUCUGCCUCAUGGUUCUCUGCUCCAGCACCUUCGUCCGACGCAGUGGACACUUUGAAGUCUUCUACUUGUCUCACCUGUCCUACGUGUGGGUGUGGUCUCUGCUCAUGGUUCACUGUGAAAACUUCUGGAAGUGGUUUGUGGUCCCGGGUCUGGUUUUCUUGCUGGAGAAGAUCGUGGGUCUCGCAGUGUCUCGUAUGGGAGGUCUUCACAUCGUGGAGGUCAUCCUGCUGCCGUCCAAGGUGACUCACUUGGUUAUCAAACGUCCUCAGUUCUUUCAUUUCAAACCUGGAGAUUACAUCUACAUCAACAUUCCCGUCAUCGCCAAGUACGAGUGGCAUCCGUUCACCAUCAGCAGCGCUCCAGAGCAGUCCG